AAUACAUAUUUAGUUUAAUAACAAAAACUAAGGUUGCGUGGUUGUGUAGAUUGUAGCGUUGCCUGGACUGGAGUGAAGGGAGAAAGCAAAGCAUCUUCUUGAUUUUGUCUUUCUUCACCUUCUCAGCAAUGCCGCCUUUGUCAACAACUCACUUUAGCUACUGUGACACAAUUUCCUUCUCCUUUUGAUGUGCCCUCCAUGGACAUUGAUCUAGAGGUACCUAUAUGUGAGCAUGAGAAGCUUAAUAUUGGAUCUAGUGGAAAUAAUCUUACAGAUACAACAUGUGAUAUAUGUAUUGAGGAGCAUAAAAUCAAUCCUUCGUCAAUGACUGCACACUGUAAGGAAGUUUUAAGUGAAAAAGAUUUCUGCUGUCAGGAUCCGGUGGAUUUGAAUUCUAAUCAAGUGGAUGCAAUUGAUAGAUUUCCCAUUAAAGAACCACAAAAUGGCUUGGAAUUUGAAUCAAAGGAGGCUGCCUAUUCUUUCUACAGAGAAUAUGCUCGCUUAGUGGGUUUUGGCAUCACGAUAAAAGCCAGUCGACGCUCGAAAAAGUCAGGAAAAUUUAUUGAUAUUAAAAUUGUUUGUUCUAGAUUUGGAAGUAAGCGUGAGUCUGGUACAGCUGUUAAUCCACGACCAUGUACAAAGACAGACUGUAAGGCUGGAAUGCAUAUGAAGAAGAAGAUAGAUGGGAAUUGGAUUAUAUACAAUUUUGUAAAAGAGCACAAUCAUGAGAUCUGUCCCGAUGAUUUUGUCACGGGACGUAGCAAACAAAUAAGUAAUCUAGCUUGUCGUAAGAAGGGCAUGCAAUUGGCUCUAGACGAGGGAGAUGUGCAGUUGAUCAUCGAAUACUUUAUCUCUAUGCAGUGUGAAAAUCCAAACUUCUUUUAUGCAAUAGACCUGGAUCAGGAUAGACAUUUGAGAACUGUAUUUUGGGUUGACUCAAAAGGAAUAUUUGAUUAUAAAAAGUUUCAUGAUAUUGUGUUGAUUGACACUUUUUACCUGAAAAACAAAUAUAAAAUUCCUUUUGUUCCUUUUGUCGGGGUCAACCAUCACUUCCAGUACAUUUUACUUGGAUGUGCACUGGUUGGGGAAGAGUCUGUUUCAGCUUUUAUGUGGUUAAUGCAAGCAUGGCUCAAGGCAAUGAGUAACCUACCUCCCGAGGUGAUUAUCACAGAUCAGGAGCAAUUCUUGAAAGAAGCUGUCAUGGAAGUGUUUCCAGAUAAACAUCACUGUUUCUGCCUAUCACAUGUUUUAUGUAAAAUAACCAAGAAUUUGGAUUAUAUCAUAAAUGAAAAUAAUAAUUUUAUGGAAAAUUUUGACAAAUGCAUUCAUCAUUACUGUUCAGAUGAGAAAUUUGAAGAGAGAUGGUGGAAGUUGAUGAAUAGAAUUGAACUAAAGGAUGAUGAAUUGGUUCGGUCAUUGUAUGAAGAUCGUAAAAAGUGGGCGCCUACAUUCAUGCGGGACAUUUCUUUGGUUGGAUUAUCAACAAUUGUAAGAUCUGAGAGUGUAUCAUCUUUCUUUGACAAGUAUAUCCGUGUUGAUUCUACCUUUGAGGAAUUUAUUGAACAGUAUAAAGUUUUUUCUGUAGACUGUUUUGACAUUGAAGCCAAAGCUGACAUUGAAACAAAACAAAAGCAACCUACAUUAAGAUCUUUAUCACCUUUUGAGAAGCAGCUAUCCGCAAUUUUUACUGAUGCCAUAUUUAGAAAUUUUCAGUUGGAAAUAUUGGGAAUGAUGUCCUGUCAUCUGCAGAUGGAAACAGAAGGAAGGGAAACUUUGACAUUUCUUGUUCAUGAUUUUGAGAAGCGGAAGAAAUUUAUUGUUUCUUGGAAGGAAGCAGAUUUGUAUGUCUGUUGUUCAUGUUGUUUAUUUCAAUACAAAGGUUUUCUAUGUAGACAUGCGAUGCUUGUCCUUCAGAAGUCGGGCAUAACCAGCAUUCCAUCCUAUUAUAUUUUAAAACGAUGGACAAAAGAUUCAAUGGCCGCCGAUCAAUUUUCUGGUGACAUAAUUACCAGGACUGCUAAUCGAGUUCAACGAUUUAAUGACCUUUGUAGGCGGGCAAUUGUAUUAAGUCAAAUUGGAUCGUUAUCUGAAGAUACUUACCGUGUUGCAUCUCAGGCCAUGGAAGAAAUGUAUAAACACUGUGUGAACACAAAAUAUUCUGCCAGAAGCACUUCGGAUCCCAACAAGUUGGCUCUUGAUGCUUUUGAUGUUCGAGAUAAAAAUUAUGGCUGCAACAGGGCAAAACCUACUAAGAAAAGGAAGUCAUUCAGUAAAAGGGAAUCCUCUGAUCCAGAAAGAAUCAAUAUCAAGAUGAUGGAUGAUCUCAGAAAGAGGGAACAGAGAAUUACAAGAGCGCACAACUUCAAUAAUUGUUACAUUUAUCAGCAGAACAUGCAAACUGUGGACUUAGAUUCUAGAGCUUCGACCCUUGAUGCUUAUUAUGGGACUCAGCAGAGUGUGCUUGAAGAUGGGCAAUUGCAUUCCAUUGCAAGCCGUGGUCCACAUUAUGGGAUGCAGCACAGGAUGCAAAGACCGCUUCAAGGAGAGCUCACUUUCAGAACGCCAACAGUACAAGGGUGUUUUGACCUCCAAGAUAGUCUAGAAGCUAUAGAAGAACCUGUUAAGGCCUCACAGUUCCAUGACAUUGCAUCAAAGCAACUAGAAGCCGAUAAAUCACUUCCCUGAUAUCUGGAAGAAUACAGUUUUCUUUCCAUGUUAGAUUAAAGAUAUAUACGUAUAUAUGUAUAUGGAUAGUAUAGACUAGUACUAAACAUAGUUCUUUUUCUUGGGGAGUAGGGAAAAAUUGCACGCUUCAACAAAAAUGAGAAAAAUAUGACUUCAGACAUCUACUUAAAGUGUUUACACUUAGUUCAGUUAUAAAA